AUUCUUGUUUAGUUUUUUCUUUGGAAUUUUAGUCCUAAUGGCAGUGCGAUCAAUAUUUCUUCUUCAAUGCUUCUUCUUAUGUUCUAUUCUUUCUGGGAAUGUUGAUGGUUAUACUGUUACCGGUCGAGUAAAAAUUCCCAUCUUUAGCUUGAAAGGAUCUGGUUUCUUACCUAAAGCUUCAAAUGUUAAAGUCAUACUCAAUGCUGGCCAAAGAGUUACUUUCUUGAGACCCAAUGGGUAUUUCUCAUUUCAUAAUGUUUCAGCAGGGACACAUCUUAUUGAGGUGUCUGCAAUUGGCUACUUCUUUUCUCCGGUACGAGUUGAUGUCAGUGCCAGAAAUCCAGGUAAGGUUCAAGCAGCAUUAACCGAGAACAGGAGGAGUCUGAUUGAGUUGGUUUUGGAGCCAUUAAGUGAGGAGCAGUAUUACGAGUUAAAGGAACCUUUCUCCAUUAUGUCUCUGGUGAAAAGUCCAAUUGGCCUGAUGUUCGGAUUUAUGCUGUUUGUAAUGUUUGUGAUGCCAAAAUUAGCAGAAAAUGUUGAUCCUGAAGAAAUGAGACGAACACAAGAGGAGAUCUUGAGAAACCAAGGCAGUCUUUCAAGCUUGUUACCUGGGGCUCAAAGUACCAACUAGAGAUAGGAUUUUUUGGCCAUUCUACGAAAAAGCUGAAUUCUUCGUAAACUCAGUUCCAACGAUCCUUAUCAAGGUUUUCUCUUUUAAAGUCAAUGAGUACCAUCAUUAGUUCAUUUAUCACUUGCAAAAAUCUCUCGUCUCGUUUUGGUUAAAGUUCUAGGCCUCUAGUAUCAGUUAGAAUGUUUUAUGCAUCGAUCGUUGUCCUAAGAAUGAUUUCAUACUGAAUUUGCCUGUAUUCGAAUUAGUGUUGCCAUUCUUGAUCACUGUAUACGCUUGUGUUAAUACAAGUUUAUUGGAACCAUCA